AUGGCGCCUCCAACGUAUGACGACGACGAUUUCGUCGACCAGUACGAUGACCUUGAAGAGGAGGAAGAGCUGAGCCCCGAGGACAAGAUCGCCAUGCAAAAUGGGACAGCAGAAGUGCGCAAGGCUCUUGGGACGGAAGCAGGCAAGGUCACAGUCGCGCAAAUACAGGAGGCACUAUGGCAUUACUAUUACGACAUCGACAAGUCUGUCGCCUAUUUGACAAAGACCUUUAUUGCGCCAGCUCCAAAACCAGCGCCAAAGAAGGCACCUGAAGAGAAGCCUCAGAUAUCCCCGACCUUUUUCGACGAUAUGCCAUGGUUAGACAUACCAAGGGACAGAGAAACCGUGUUUAUUGAACCGCCGCUUCCUCGUGGUGGGCUCAUGGGAGGUACUGGUGCCGCUCCCAAGGUGUCUAAGCUUCAAGCUCUGGCUGCACUGCGGAAAAAAAAGACCGAAGAGAAGAAAGCUCAAGAAAAAGCUGUUCCUCUGGAAAGCGAAGUAACAAAGCUUUCUAUUUCUGAUACAAACAAAGAAAAUAUUGGCCUCAUCUCGAAGCUCAAAGGCCAAAGCUCACAACCCUCGUCGACUGUGGCUUCCACUUUACAAGCGCAGAAGGGAGAGACAACGCCAGACAACACCGGCAAUUCUCUGGGGGAAGACAUCAACUUGCCAGCCAUCACUGAAUACAAACCCGAUACCGAUGCCAAAACCGAAGAGGCAAAGACGGUGGUUGGUCACAGUCAUGCCCCUUCUGCAUUUGCGCGGACGCUUUUCGGGUCGGUUUCAGAGGCAGACGAAACGCGCAGGCGGGAUGUUUUCGCAAUGCCCUAUACCCAAUCACCUUCCUUUCUAGCAAACGCUUUCUCCGAACCCAGCCCAGACGAUAUUGUGCUCGCAGCUCGGGCGAAAGCUGGAAAGAAAGCUCCAACAACAGCGAAAGCUCCCAAGAAGUCCCAGAAGAGUGAAGAAGCGUCUAAAGAAGGCGGGCUUGCGAGCAGCGUCUCAAGUCUCAAAGUUAGCGACGCCCCGCCGCCUAAGAGCAAAGGCCUCGAUGUUAUCAAAGAAUUUGAGCAGAGCGAUAGCAAGAAGAACGCAAGUUUUGUAGUAGUCGGCCACGUCGAUGCCGGCAAGAGUACAUUAAUGGGUCGACUUCUUCUGGAGCUUAAGCUUGUGGAAGAGCGUACGGUGGAUAAGUACCGCCGGCAGGCCGAGAAAACUGGAAAGCAAUCCUUUGCCUUGGCAUGGGUUAUGGACCAGAGAAGCGAAGAGAGAGACCGAGGAGUGACAAUAGAUAUCGCUACAAACCAUUUCGAAACCGAAUCAACCAAGUUUACGAUUCUAGAUGCGCCAGGGCAUCGAGACUUUGUGCCCAAUAUGAUUGCUGGUGCUAGUCAGGCAGAUUUUGCCAUCCUGGUUAUCGACGCCAAUACUGGAGCUUACGAAAAGGGGCUGAAAGGACAAACACGAGAGCAUGUUUUGCUCCUACGAAGUUUAGGCGUACAACGACUGAUAGUUGCCGUUAACAAGCUCGACAUGGUUGGAUGGUCCCAGGAUAGAUUUAAAGAAAUAUCAGAGGAAGUCUCCGGCUUCCUAACAGGUCUGGGAUUUCAAGAAAAGUCCGUCACAUUCAUCCCCAUAUCGGGGUUGAACGGAGACAACAUUGUCAAGAGAACAGAGGAUGCCGCCGGAGCUUGGUACCAGGGGCCUACUCUGAUAGAUGGCCUAGAGGCAUCUGGGCCGUCCACCGUGCGGUCUCUGAAGAAGCCUUUCCGAAUGGCGAUUUCUGAAAUUUUCCGCUCACAGCAAGGGACUACGACUCUUGCUGGUCGCAUCGAUUCUGGAACGAUUCAGGUUGGAGAUGCUCUGUUGGUGCAACCCAGCGGGGAAUCAGCGUACAUCAAGUCCAUCAUGCUUGAUACUGAGGCCAAGGACUGGGCCGUGGCCGGCCAGAACGUCAGUGUUGCCUUGACAAACAUUGACCCAAUUCACAUCAAGAUUGGUGACAUAAUUUGCCACACGACGGAUCCCAUCGAUAUUGGUGACACGUUUACCAUGAAGGCCAUGGCAUUUGAGCAUCUGAUGCCCAUGCCGGUGGACCUCCACCGUGGCAGACUUCACGCAGCAGGCCAGAUUCAAUCAAUAGCAGCUAUCCUCGACAAAGCCACUGGCGAAAUCAUCAAGAAGAAGCCCAAGGUAGUACAGCCCGGGGGAGUUGCUCGCAUCUUGAUCAAGUUGGAGGCAAAGGUGCCGUUGGAGCCUGGACAGCGGGUUGUUAUCAGAAGCGGAGGUGAGACCAUAGCCGCUGGUUUAUUAGAGUAAAAGCAUCAGGGCUGUAGCUAUGUGGAAUAAGCGAUAGACUGGGUAUAUUGGAUGAGUAAAACAAAUGAACAUUGAUAGACGGAAUGUACCAAAUCCAUGUGCUGAAUUGGGAACGCAAUUUUGCUCCCAGGCGGCUGGUCAGUUUCAUAUGGUUGUAUUCGGCAGGUGAUUUAGAUGCGCGAUACCUGGCGCCUAUUCCCUGCCAACCUGCCCUAUUGGUAAUGUAGCGGCCAUUGCCGUUUAUUCCCUACCGAGAACGGAUUAUUACUUCGUUGUCGUCUUAGUAAUUGCAGCCAAGUCCAGGUUCAGACGUUGUUCAUACAAUAGAGAAUUUUCCUGAUUGGGCAGGUGGGGUUGAAGCAUUGUGCACUUCUUGUCAUUUGAUAGGAAUAUCUUCACACUUCGAAAUAGGGCUUACAGUAAAGGGGAAAUGAUACCAGAAGUUGACAUCUGAAGGAAUGAAUUCUUGACAUUUGAUAUGUACCCUAGUGUAACUUAUUCCUUUUCAUCUCCUAUAGCUAUCCAUGAGACCCCGCAAUCGUAUAGGUAUGUAUUAUGCCAAGGUUCUAAAUGAACGGUGAAUCCUUCC